UGAAAACUCAAAAAAAAUGAAAAUGAAAAUGAAGGAGCGAAUUUGCAUUUAGGAUUUUUGGUAAUUGCCGCCCAAACCAAAUUGCAUGUUCCCGCCAGUGUCACUGCUACUCUCCUUCUCUCUCUCUUUAAAUUCGAUUCAUACUAUGUUUUUUUAUUAUCAACAACAGCCAAACAAAGUCCAAAACUCCCAAACACCCAUCAGAUCCCUCUCUCUCUCCCUUUUUUAUUUUAUAUAUUAUAGAAAUAUAGAAUUAGAGGGUUUCAUUUCAUUUUUGAUAAAAAUUAUUAUCAAAAAGAAAGAAAAAAAAUGGGAUCCGCAGCUCUCUUGGAUCAUGAGUCCACCGUUCCCAAUGGUGAAGCAGCCCCAGCUGAAGCUAGUGCCCCUUCUGAUUCUUCAAUUUCUUCAGGAACGAAGAAAAAGAAAAGCAAGAAAAAUUGUCCACAAACUAAAAAGGCAUCAACAACUAGCAAAGCAGGAAAGAAGCGAAAUGUGUCUGAGUGUAGUGAAGAGCCAGCUGGUUCACGGAAAAUGCCUAAGCGAGCUGCUGCAUGUAGAGAUUUCAAGCAGCAAUCUGUUCGAAUAUCUGAGAAGUCUUGUCUUGUUGAAACCAAGAAGGAUCAGUUAGUUGAUGAAGAGUUUCUAGCUGUACGUAUGACUUCUGGAAAAGAUGAUGGUCGCCCAAAUAGAAGACUAACUGACUUUGUUUUGCAUGACGAAAAUGGAGUCCCGCAGCCUCUUGAGAUGUUGGAAGUUGAUGACAUGUUUAUCUCUGGUCUUAUAUUGCCUCUUGAAGAGGAAAGUCCAGACAAAGAAAAGGAUAAGGUAAUCAGAUGUGAGGGCUUUGGACGGUUAGAAUCAUGGGACAUCUCUGGCUACGAAGAUGGUUCUCCAGUGAUAUGGCUUUCUACUGAUAUUGCUGAUUAUCAUUGCCUUAGACCUGCCAGUAGCUACAAGAAGUUUUAUGAUCAUUUCUUUGAAAAGGCCCAUGCUUGUGUAGAAGUCUAUAAAAGGCUGUCAAGAUCUUCUGGAGGUAACCCUGACUCCACUCUGGAUGAAUUGCUUGCUGGAGUUGUUCGUUCAAUGAGUGGAAACAAGCACUUUUUUGGUGGGGCAUCUAUCAAGGACUUUGUUACCUCUCAAGGAGAGUUUAUUUAUAAUCAAUUGAUAGGUUUGGAUGAGACAUCCAAGAAUGGUCAGAUGUUUGCAGAGAUACCUGCUCUUGCUGCCCUAAGAGAUGAGAGUAGAAAGCAUGGAAGCUUUAUGCAAGCAAAAGCAUCAUCUAUGGGUGGGAGUUUAACAAUUGGUGCAAAAUUUGGAGAUGGAGAGAAUAAAGAGAAUCAUACUGGUUCAUCCGUAACUGCAGUGGAGGAAAAUGAGGAUGUAAAGUUAGCAAGACUCUUGCAAGAAGAAGAGUACUGGAAGUCAAUGAAACAGAAAAAAAGUCAGGGUUCAGCCUCCAUGUCCAGCAAAUUCUACAUUAAAAUUAAUGAAGAUGAAAUUGCUAAUGAUUAUCCUCUACCUGCUUAUUACAAGAACUCCAUAGAAGAAACUGAUGAAUUAAUAGUUUUUGAAAGUGAUACUAUAUGUGACACCGAUGAACUCCCUCGAAGUAUGCUUCAUAAUUGGUCACUCUACAACUCGGACUCAAGGUUAAUUUCUUUGGAACUUCUUCCAAUGAAACCAUGUUCAGAUAUUGAUGUCACUAUCUUUGGGUCGGGAGUUAUGACUGCUGAUGAUGGAAGUGGAUUCUGUCUUGAAACCGAUCCGAAUCAGUCUUCUUCGUGUGGCUCAGUAACACAAGAUGCUGAUGGCAUUCCAAUUUAUUUAAGUUCCAUAAAGGAAUGGAUGAUUGAAUUUGGGUCAUCAAUGGUUUUCAUUUCAAUCCGUACUGACAUGGCCUGGUAUAGACUUGGCAAGCCAUCAAAGCAGUAUGCUUUGUGGUAUGAACCGGUUUUGAAGACAGCCAGGCUUGCAAUAAGUAUCAUCACAUUGUUGAAGGAGCAGAGCCGAGUUGCACGGCUUUCUUUUGCAGAUGUUGUCAAAAGAGUUUCAGAGUUCAAGAAGGAUCAUUGUGCAUACAUUUCUUCUGAUCCAGCAGUUGUAGAGAGAUAUGUAGUUGUCCACGGACAGAUAGUGCUGCAACUGUUUGCAGAGUUUCCAGAUGAUAAGAUCAAGAGGUGUGCAUUUGUGAUUGGUCUUACAAGUAAAAUGGAGGAGAGACAUCACACAAAAUGGUUAGUGAAGAAGAAAAAGAUUGUGCCAAAGGGUGAACCAAAUUUGAAUCCAAGAGCAGCAAUGGCACCUGUUGCAUCCAAGAGGAAGGUUAUGCAGGCUACAACAACAAGGUUAAUCAACCGAAUUUGGGGGGAGUACUAUUCACAUUACUCUCCAGAAGAUUCAAAAGAAGGAACCACUUGUGAUUUGAAAGAGGAGAAAGAGGAGGAUGAAGUUGAGGAGCAAGAGGAAAAUGAAGAAGAUGAUGCUGAAGAGGAUAAUUUAUUAGAUUCAAAGGCAACUCAAAAACCUCGUACAAUCUCAAAAAGAACUAAUUUGUACUCUAUGAACAAGGAAAUUAUAUGGGAUGGGGAAUCUGUUGGAAAAACAUGCUCUGGAGAAGUGCUUUAUAAAAAAGCCGUUGUUCGUGGAGAUGUGAUUGUUGUAGGAGGUGCUGUUUUGGUGGAAGAUGAUGAAUCAGAUGAAUUUCAUGUGAUCUAUUUAGUGGAGUACAUGUUUGAAACAUUGAAUGGAAGCAAAAUGUUCCAUGGAAGAAUUAUGCAGCGAGGUUCUCAGACUGUUCUGGGAAAUGCUGCUAAUGACAGGGAGAUAUUUUUGACAAAUGAGUGCAUAACCUUGGGAUUGGUGGAUGUCAAACAGACAAUUGUUUUGGAUAUUCGCAUAAAGCCGUGGGGACAUCAGCAUAGGAAGGAUAAUGCUAAUGCUGAUAAAAUUGAUAGAGCAAGAGCAGAAGAGAAAAAGAGGAAGGGUUUGCCAAUUGAAUAUUACUGCAAAAGCUUGUACUGGCCUGAGAGGGGUGCUUUCUUUAGUCUUCCAUUAGAAACUAUGGGUCAGGGUUCAGGCUUCUGCUACUCUUGCAAAAUAAAAGAAGCACAGAUGGACAAGGAAAUUUUUAAAGUAAAUUCAUCGAAGACCUGUUUUGUAAACAGGGGAACUGAAUACACUGUUCAUGAUUAUGUCUAUGUCAGCCCCCAUCACUUUGCAGUGGAAAGUACGGAGCAUUCAACUUUCAAGGGUGGAAGAAACGUAGGGCUGAGACCUUAUGUUGUGUGCCAAGUGCUGGAGAUCGUCACAAAGGAAUCCAAACAAACUGACAUAAAAUCUACCAAGGUUAAAGUCAGAAGAUUUUUCAGACCAGAGGACAUUUCAGUUGAGAAGGCAUACUCUUCUGACAUUCGGGAGGUAUAUUACAGCGAAGAAACAGAUGUUAUUCCUGUUGAAGAUAUAGAAGGAAAAUGUGAAGUAAGAAAAAAGAAUGAUGUCCCAGCAUGCAAUGCUCCCGCCAUCUUCCAACAUAUUUUUUUUUGUGAACGCCUGUAUGAUCCUUCUAAGGGGUCUCUCAAGCAGUUGCCUGCCCAUAUCAAACUAAGAUACUCAACUGGAGAUGAGACUGGUGAUGCUGCAUCUCGAAGAAAAAAGGGAAAGUGUAAAGAGGGAGAAGAUGAUUUAGAACAUGACAAUCAAAGAGAAGCUUCCAAGGCGAAUUGUUUGGCAACAUUAGAUAUUUUUGCUGGUUGUGGUGGUUUGUCAGAGGGAUUGCAUCACUCCGGUAUCUCAUCAACCAAGUGGGCAAUUGAGUAUGAAGAACCUGCUGGAGAUGCUUUUAAACUCAAUCAUCCAGAGUCACUGGUGUUUAUUAACAACUGCAAUGUUAUUCUUAGGGCUGUGAUGGAGAAGUGUGGGGAUACAGAUGACUGCAUAUCAACUACCGAAGCUGCAGAGUUAGCUUCAGCUCUUCAUGAGAAGGAGAUUAAUGAUUUACCAUUGCCAGGACAAGUAGAUUUCAUCAAUGGAGGGCCUCCAUGUCAGGGUUUCUCUGGGAUGAAUAGGUUCAGUGACAGUAGUUGGAGUAAAGUUCAGUGUGAAAUGAUCUUAGCAUUCUUAUCCUUUGCUGAUUACUUCCGGCCAAAGUAUUUCCUCCUAGAGAAUGUGAGGAACUUUGUGUCCUUCAAUAAAGGGCAGACGUUCCGUUUAACUCUUGCUUCACUUCUUGAGAUGGGUUAUCAGGUGAGGUUUGGUAUACUGGAAGCUGGCGCUUAUGGUGUUUCUCAGUCAAGAAAACGUGCAUUUAUAUGGGCAGCCUCCCCUGAAGAGAUACUCCCUGAGUGGCCAGAGCCAAUGCAUGUCUUUGCUGCCCCAGAGUUGAAAAUAUCAUUAUCGGAAAAUUUGCAGUAUGCUGCUGCCCGGAGUACUGCCAGUGGAGCCCCUUUCCGUGCAAUAACUGUAAGAGAUACAAUUGGUGAUCUCCCAGCUGUUGGGAAUGGUGCCUCUAAGCCAAAUUUGGAGUAUCAAAAUGACCCAGUGUCAUGGUUCCAAAAGAAAAUUCGAGGCAAUAUGGUUGUUGUGACUGAUCAUAUAUCAAAAGAAAUGAAUGAGCUCAAUCUCAUUCGAUGUCAGAGAAUUCCAAAGCGGCCAGGUGCUGAUUGGCAUGACCUUCCAGAUGAAAAGGUAAAAUUAUCUACUGGACAAGUUGUUGAUUUGAUACCAUGGUGCCUGCCAAACACAGCUAAGCGACACAAUCAGUGGAAGGGGUUGUUUGGCAGGUUGGAUUGGGAAGGGAACUUCCCAACUUCCAUCACAGAUCCUCAACCAAUGGGGAAAGUGGGAAUGUGCUUUCACCCUGAACAGGACAGGAUCCUUACAGUUCGUGAAUGUGCUCGUUCUCAAGGUUUCCCAGAUAGCUACCAAUUUGCUGGUAAUAUCAUCCACAAGCACAGGCAGAUAGGUAAUGCUGUUCCUCCAACGUUGGCAUAUGCACUAGGGAGAAAACUCAAGGAAGCGGUUGACAGUAAGAGGUGUAAAUAGUGGGUCGGCUAUCUUUUAUCAUCCUUCUGAUUGAUUGUUGCAUUGAAGCAAAUCUUCCCUUUUAACAGGGAUCAAUGUACACAUUUUUGGAUAAUUCUCCAUUUGAUUGUUUAUAGAAAUUGAAA